AUGAAGGGGUUUGGAGGUCGCAGGCCGCGGUACUGCCUCACGCUGGUCUCUGGGAUGGUGGAGUGCCUGUGCUUCGCUGGAGUGCUCUUCGGGUGGGCCUCUCUGGUGUUUGUGCUCAAAGAAGAUGGAUACUUUGGUCAAUAUUGUGAAGAGAGUUCCAACAGCACUGCUUCAGCUCCAGAGUGCAGCCGCCAGGAUGAGCAGUUCUCUCUGGUGUUUACAAUAGGAUCCUUCCUCAACAACUUCAUGACCUUCCCAAAUGGAUACAUCUUUGACCGCUUCGGCACCACCGUCACCAGACUGCUGGGAAUAUUCUUGUACACAACGGGGACCUUACUUGUGGCCUUUUCGAGUGCUGCCUUUUCAGAGAUGCUUUUCCCCGCCAUGUGCUGCAUCAGCGUGGGAGGGAUUCUGCUGCUUAUAACAAACAUGCAGGUGGGAAACCUGUUUGCUGGCCAUCGCUCCACUGUCAUCACUCUUUACAACGGUGCCUUCGAUUCCUCGUCUGCAGUAUUUCUUAUUUUCAAGGUUUUAAAUGAACAAGGAAUCUCCUUACGCACUUCAUUUCUUGCUUUGUCCAUGUGCAGCGUCAUUCACAUCACAAGGACUUUUUUAUUGAUGCCGAGAUCGCGUAUCCCUUACCCUUUACCAGAGAAGUUCACCUACGGACAUGUAAAUUGCGGAAAGGAAAAUUCUUACAACGUUGAAAAAUUCGAGAGGAUUAAAGACGAGGCCAACCAAUCUAAAAAGGAAAAUGAAACGGACAGCGCACUCCCACAAGAAGGUUUGGCUCAGAGUUUCAAAAGCUGUGUUUUGUCCUGGCUUUUCUUCUGGCACCUCAUGUGGUUAUCCAUAAUGCAGCUCCGGCACUACCUCUUCAUCGGAACUCUGAACCCCACGAUAAGUCGACUGGCCAACGAUGACCCAGACUUAGUGAGUAAAUACACCAACGCUUUUGCAAUGACGCAGCUGUGUGGGGUCCUCUGUGCUCCCUGGAACGGAGUGAUCAUGGACAGACACAAGGGGACGCCACUCGCCCCGGGGGAGACGGAGCGGGAGGUGGACCUGCGCUCCUCUGUGAUGUCCUUGUUUGUUACGGCUCUUCAGUGCGUGUGCUUCUCGGUGUGCGCCUCUGUGCCUGUGCUCCCGCUGCAGUAUCUGACCUUCGCUCUGCAGGUCAUCAACCGCUCCUUCCUCUACGGCGGCAACGCAGCCUUCAUCAGCAUGGCAUUCCCUUCCUGCCACUUUGGGAAGCUGUAUGGACUGAUCAUGUCACUGUCGGGGGUUCUGUCCUUACUGCAGUAUCCAUGCUUUGCUUUAGUCAAAGGGGUUCUGGGCGGAGAUCCACUUUAUAUCAACAUUACUCUGACCGGCCUCACUCUACUGACUUUCAUUCACCCCAUUUACGUCUACAUCCAGUGCAAGAAGUCAGCAGAGAAGAAAGCUGAGCAGGCAGUUUGUCAAGGCACAAUACUUGCAGAAGCAAGCUUUUAG